UUCCGCUGUGGAAAUGGCCUCGUCUGUUCGCCGGGCUAUAAAUGCCAAAUGAGCUGCUACUUUUUCGGAGUCUUCCGAGAGAACAUAUAGCCUCUUUUGAGCCACUACCGGGGACUAUUGGGGACUUUGUUACGGUACUUUGAGGAGUGACGAGGCAGACAAACAUGCCACAUUUGCUGUGGCCGGAGCCGCUGUCAGCCGCUCACCUCAAGCGGCUGGAGGAGCAUAAAUACAGCGCCUCCGGUCGCUCCCUGUUCGAGCCGCCGUGUCAGCUCUACUGGAACUGGCUCGUCCAGCAAAUACCGACAUGGAUCGCACCGAACACACUGACUAUAGUUGGACUGAUGGUCAAUAUCGUGUCCACGGUGGUGCUCGUGUAUUACUGUCCCACGGCAACAGAGGAGGCUCCAUCAUGGGUCUUCAUCCUUUCUGCUCUGGGCCUCUUCAUCUACCAGUCUCUGGAUGCCAUCGAUGGGAAACAGGCCAGGAGGACAAACAGCAGCUCAGCCCUCGGGGAGCUGUUCGAUCACGGCUGUGAUGCCGUCUCCACAGUCUUUGUUGCUGUGGGAACAUGCAUUUCAUGUGGAAUAGGAAGAUUCCCAAACUGGAUGUUCUUCUGUGGUUUCAUCGGGAUGUUUAUGUUCUUCUGCGCUCACUGGCAGACCUACGUGUCUGGGACCCUCCGCUUUGGCCUGGUUGACGUCACAGAGGUGCAGGUCGCCAUCAUAAUCAUGUAUCUGAUGUCAGCCUUUGGAGGAGUGAGCCUUUGGCAAAUCACGUUGCCCGUCAUAGGACUACAGCUGUACGUCUUCCCCAUCCUGGGCAUCAUCGGGGGGGCCCUGUACUCCUGCUACAACUACUUCUAUGUCAUUUUGAAUGGAGGCGUCGGCAAAAAUGGCUCCACCGUCGCUGACACCAGUGUGCUGAGUCCUGGUUUGCACAUCGGCCUCAUCCUCUCGCUGGCCUUCAUCAUUUUCAAGAAGUCGUCCAGCCACCUGUUCGAGCAGCACCCGUGUUUAUACCUGCUCGCCUUUGGCCUUGUCAUCGCCAAGAUCUCCAACAAGCUGGUGAUAGCACACAUGACCAAGAGUGAGUUACACCUCCCAGACACGGCCUUCAUCGGGCCCGGCCUCCUCGUCCUCAACCAGUACUUCAACAGCUUCAUAGAUGAACAUAUAGUCCUCUGGAUCGCUAUGGUCCUCUCUCUUGUGGAUCUGACGCGGUACUGCACCGGCGUUUGCCUCCAGAUCGCUUCCCACCUGCACAUCCAAGUGUUCAGCAUCACGCCGCCGAGCCACGCCCACCGCGACUGACGGCUUGCCCGGCGGGAGGAGGCGGGGGGAGACGAAGAUCUCUCGCCGCUCCUGAAAGCAGACAAUGACGACGAGGAGAGACCCUCGACCCCGAGCCACUGCAGCCUUGACAAAGUCACCACUUCUGACUAAAACUGCCUCAGCCACCAGAUGGAAAAGUGAAACCAACAUUCACACUGCAAACCAAAAACAAAACAAGAAAAACCUUUUAAAAGCAUGGAUCUAUAGAAUGUAAAAAGAAAAACAUAAGUGGAACCAGAGUCUUUCUUUUCAACAUGGGUGCAUGUUGUUAGAUUUUUACAUCCAAGGGUCGCUCUUUCCACUUAUUCAACACAAUUACCAAAAUGUUUUCUUUUUUUUUAAUAGGUGUCUUAUAGCUCAGGCAAAUAUCAAAGAAUUUUUAUCCGCUUCAAAUGAAAAGACACGUUUGUGAUGGAUUGUCAUAUAAUUUCCUGAACACGUAAAUAUACGACAAUCACCUGAAAAAAAAAGAGUUGCUAAACUUCUUUGAUAUUUGCCGAAGCUAAUUAGAUAACCUGUUUUCUUAACCGCUCUUGUUUUUAUUUAUUUAAUGAAUCAAUCUGGCACGAAUCAGGACUUGAAAAUCCAAUUUUAAAUUUUACAAAUGACCUUUAUAACCUCAGAUAAUUUCCAAUGAAGUUUCCAAUGUGGGCAGGCAGAUUGUCAACGCGCUACGUGAAGGGGUAACGGUCUGUGUUAGUGCUGAAAGCGACGUCCUCACGAACACCACUCCAGCUUCUAACGUUUUUACUUCCCGUUACUCAUCUCGUCCUGGAAAAUAAAAAUUAAAAAAAGCCUUGGGCCUCUCUAGCGCCGUCGACUGAUGAAGCAUUAA